AUGAUCAAGACAGAUUCCGUGUUUGCUCCAUCAAUGUCUGCUACAGAGUACUCAGAUCGAAACCACGCACGCAAUCCCCGAUUCAUGGGCUCGUCGUCGGGAACGCCCGCGCGGACGCCGUUCCCGGACUGCCUCGUCCACGAGGCGGGCACCGGCUUCAUCCUCGGUGGCACGUUCGGCUCAGCCUUCCACUUCCUCGGGGGCCUCCGCAACUCGCCCGCCGGCCACCGCCUCGCCGGCGGCGCCCAGGCCGUCGGCGCGAACGCGCCCCGCCUCGCCGGCUCUGCGACAGGCUUUUUCGUCCUCUUUUCCGCCGUCGAGAACGCCGCGUUGUACGCGCGCGGGAAGGACGACCCGUGGAACACCAUCGUCGCCUCCGCCGGCGCCAACGGCCUCCGCUCCAUGCGCAGAGGGGCCAGGGCUGCUUGCAGAUCCGCGCUCGUUGGCGCCGCCAUCUGGGGCUUCUUCGAGGCUGUCGCCAUCGGUCUCCAUCACCCACUCCCUCCACCCUGA